CUUUCCUUUCCAACCCGAGAAAUCCUCAAGUGGCCCUUUUCUGCCUUUCGCCUCCAAACCGACGACUCCAAAAACCACAUACGAGAGAUCUCGACUUUUCGUGCCAAAUCCGCCAAAAUGAGACCGACUCAGAUGCUCCGAAGCGGCGCGGCCGACCCCAAGAACGGACACUACAUUGGUAACUGGGGCCACUUUGGUGGUGAGAAGCAGCGUGGUAUCAUCACUUACGGUCUGUCCGCCAACCGACAGAACCCUUGGGCCGGUGCCUUCAACGAUGCCAUCUUCAACACUUUCCGCCGAACCAAGAGCCAAAUCUUCUACUGGCUUCCUCCCAUGAUUGCCGGUUACUACAUCAUGAACUGGGCCGUCGAGCGAAGCGAGUAUCUUAACUCCAAGGCUGGCCGUGCCGAGUUCGGUGAUGAGGAGGAGUAAAUUGGUUAAAUUAUUGGAGCAAAACCAUGGCGGAUGUGUUGGAGUAGGUCCUCUGGACUCAUUGUACAACAUCAAUACCUAGAUGAGGAGGUGCAAUAGAUGGCAGUCACACUAUUUCCUUGUUAUUUGGCCUUUCG